UUGACAUUUGUCGAGUAAUUGAAGGAAAAACAGAAAUAUUUUGUAAAAAGUUAUUUGUUUUAUGUACUUAAAUAAACAUAAUAUUACAAAUUACAAAUGGCUUCAGUAGAAGUAUCAGGAACAUCGUCGACCGCGAAUAAAGAAAUGUCAUUUUCUGAAAAGCAAGCCGAACGUAUGAAGAGACUUCGUUCUCUUCACUCAGCUAGAAACGAAGCAAGAAGUCAUAAUCAUCAAGAAGUUGUUGCGGAAGAGGCUAGAAAUAAACUUCCUCCAAAUUACGAAGCGAAACGUAGACAAGCAGAAUGGUUAUUAGAGGAUCAGAAGAAACGUGAAGAAGCGGCUAAAGAAGGGAAAGAGUACGACAGAGUGAAGUUAUUAAACAUAUCAGCGACAGAGGCAGAAAGACUGGAACGUAAGAAGAAGAAAAAGAACCCUGAUCAAGGUUUUUCGACAUAUGAGCAAGCAACAGUAAGACAAUACAAUCGACUUGUAAAGAAUAUGCCUGCAGCGGAUAUGGAGCAAUACGAAAAACAGAAACAAAAAUACGGCGAUGCAUUUUACGGUGGACCUAACGUAAUAAUACAUGGUAUGCAUGAAGAUCGAAAGGAUGCUAUAGACAAAAUGGUGAAUGAUUUAGAAGGCCAAAUUGCGAAACGCGCGAAAUACUCCCGACGUCGUAUUCAUAAUGAUGAUGCAGAUAUUGAUUACAUUAAUGAAAGAAAUGCUAAAUUCAACAAGAAGUUGGAGAGAUUCUACGGAGAGCAUACAUCAGAAAUUAAACAGAAUUUGGAAAGAGGCACUGCGAUAUAACUUUAUAAUGUUAAAUGUAAAUACUAAAUACACAUGUACAAUAGUAAUUUUUUUAUUAAAAUUGUACAAAGAUUUUUUACACUUGAUUUUGAUAUUUUACAAAAAUCAGUUAUAUCCAAAUAACUUUUCAUGUCUUUUAAUGGAAAAACAGACCUUAUUAUUCUCCAAGGAUAGUUUUUAUAUAAUUUAAUGAUAUAGGAAUGAUUAAAACAAAUAAAUUAAACAAAUUUCAAUAACAAGUUUAUUUUGAUACAUGUGCUGAUUAAGUACAAAUGAUUGAAUAGAUAUGUAUAUAUAAUGAAGGUCUAAAAAGCACUAAAUGUUUUUUAACAAUAUAUAUUCUUACAUACAUCUGCGCAAGCAAUAUUUGAUAUGUAAUAAAAUUGGUUUCAUUUCAUUUUCUGUUUUACCAAACUUUUGCAGAACUAUUUUUUUAUAUAUUCUAUAAUGGCCAGUUAUGUACCUGAAUGUGGCAACACUAUCUGUAAAAUUCUACUUUGCAGCAUUAUAAUUUUUGAUUAUUUAAUAUGGUGAAAUAUGAUUCUACAACAAUUUUACCAAUAAAAAGCUAUAAUCACAGACCAUAUGUAGACAUGUUUGUAUCAUCAAUUUAAAAUCUAAAAACAAUAUAAAUCAAUACAUUGUUAGGCUUCGGUAAAGCUCUGCAAAUAUCAAAAUCCAAAUGUUUAAAUGACAAUAAACAUUUGUUAUCGA